AAUGUGCCCAUUGGGCCACUCUUUUUCCCUUCAAAUGUCAGCCUUUCUCUAAUCACCACAAGAGAGAAGGCUCGAGAUCAAAACCUUCUCCUCCUGAUGGAAGCAAUGGCUGCUGGAGCGGCCACAGCAGCAUACCGUCCAUCUCCCCGCAAAAGUAAUUCAUCAACUCUUUUACAUCACCCGACCAAUUUCCCAAGGAAAGUAUUCUCCAUUCGCUUUCGCUCCCCAGAAAGAAAUCUCGGCAGCCACAACCUAACCAAGCUCAAUCUCGACCAUCCAUCCAUCAGCCCCACGCCCCAAACGCCCAUCCAAGCCGUCCAAAGCGCACCCCUCCCCUCCUCCACCCCUCCACCAUCCUCCCACGGCCAGGUGUUCGACGUGGGCUCCGCCAACUCCUGGGACAGCAACGAUGUUGGGUCCCCGGUCGUCAAGCGGUUCGUCGGCGACGACGAGGAGCGGUGGCUCAUGUGGUACCACGGCGGCGCCGCCACCGCCAACGGCAACUCCAUUGGUUUGGCAGUCUCUAGCAAUGGGAUCCACUGGGAGAGAGGCCCCGGCCGCGCCGACGCCGGCGACGGGGUGGGCCAGGUCAUGCGCCGGAGCGCCGACUGGUGGGCCUUCGACACGGAGAGCGUCCGGCCCUCCGACGUCCUCAUCAUGUCCAGCGCCAGGCUCCAAGCUCCGGGCGCCGUCUACUGGCUCUACUACACCGGAUUCAGCCAGGAGAAGGUGGAGAAUUCUAGCAUGGCAUGUGGUGAAGUUUUCAAGUCACUGCCGGGUCUGGCGAUCAGCCAAGACGGCCGGCAUUGGGCGAGGGUCGAAGGGGAGCACCACAGUGGCGCACUAUUCGACACCGGGGUGGCCGGGGAGUGGGAUGCUCUGUUUGUAGCUGCACCCAAAGCAGUCUUCCAUGGUCGCAGCGAUCUUAGGAUGUAUUAUCACUCAUUUGAUCCUGAACGUGGGCAAUUCGCAAUCGGUAUUGCGAGGUCGAGGGAUGGAAUCAGGUGGGUGAAGCUCGGAAAGGUGCUCGGCGGCGGAGCCGAUGGAGAUUUCGAUGAGGCCGGCGCGAGGAACGGGCACGUCGUGAGGGAUGUGAGACAUGGAAGCUACCUCAUGGCGUAUGAAGGUGUUUGCAAAAAUGGCAGAACGAGCAUUGGGUUGGCGGUGUCGGCGGAUGGGCUGAAGGAAUGGAGGCGGUGCGGAGACUGGGCGGUGUUGGAACCAUCCGUGGAGGAAGAUGCGUGGGAUGGCAGAGGGGUGGGCGAUCCAUGCCUGGUUCAAAUGGAUAGAGAGGGGGAAUGGAGAUUGUAUUAUAGAGGCAUUGGCAGGAAUGGGACAAAAGGAAUUGGGGUGGCUGUUUCUGAAGGCCCUGAACUUGCUAGUUUCAAAAAAUGGAGGGGAUUUCACAUAUAAAUGAGAUGAAUUUUUGGCAUUUUGAUAU